UUUUUAGUUCAAUGUUUGAAAACAUUCCAAAUUGUUCCCAACUCAACAAUGAAAGUAAGAUUCAGUCAAUCCACUACCCUCAGAAACGUUUUUAUCGCCAAAGAGCACAUAGCAAUCCAAUGUCUGAUCACGAUCUAGUCUACCCUCUUUCUCCAGAAAAAAUGGAUUGGUCUCAACUUUUUUCUUCUCCUUCAAGUAAUUGUCUGCCUAAAUUUGCUGAUAUUGGUUGUGGAUACGGCGGUCUAUUGGCUAGACUUUCGCCCAUGUUACCUGACAUUAUGAUGGUUGGAAUGGAGAUUAGAGUCAAAGUCUCAGAUUUUGUUCAAGACAGAAUUAAAGCCUUACGGGAGCAAAACCCCUCAAAAUAUGGAAACAUUUGUUGUGUUAGAAGCAAUGCAAUGAAGAACAUUACAAACUUUUUCUUUAAAGGACAACUUGACAAAAUGUUUUUUCUCUUCCCAGACCCUCAUUUUAAGAAGACAAAGCACAAGUGGAGAAUAAUUUCAACAAAUUUGCUGUCUGAAUAUGCUUUUGUUUUGAAACCUGGAGGUAGAAUCUAUACAAUAACUGACGUAGAAGAAGUACAUAAAUGGAUGGUUGAUCAAAUUGGACAACACUUACUUUUUAAACUUUUGGAGAAGGAAGAAGAAGAAAAAGAUGAGAUUGUGCCUUUACUUUAUGAUAGCACUGAAGAAGGACAAAAAGUUACUAGAAAUUCAGGUCAAAAGUGGUUGGCGUUGUUUCGGCGAGUUGAAAAUCCAUAG